UUUUAACCAUAGAGAUAUAUAUUGACACAUCUUUGCUUCAAUAAAUAUAAGCUAAAAAAUGUACUGUCUUCUCUGUGUCCUCAGUGUUGAUAAUAAAUCCCAUUCCCAGGCUGACAAAGAAACCAACGGGGAACUGGAAGAGUUACUGUCAAAGAUGAAAAAAAGAUUUCUCGAGGAAAUAUCUUUUGAUAAAGAGGAAAACCAUCCUAACCAGAAAACAACAGAGCAUAUCAUCAGAGAAAAAAGUGGCGCUAAAGAAGAGGAAAGUAAACAGAAAAAGCCAGUAAAAUUGAAAGAGAUCUUCAAAGAAAAAAAAGGGAAAACAAUAAGAACGGUGCUAACUAUUGGAGAAGCUGGAAUAGGAAAAUCUUUUCAUAUGCAAAAAUUUACAAAAGAGUGGGCUGAAAAUAAUAACAAGACCUGGUCAAUUUUCUCUUGGUUUACAAAGGCCUCUUCUGCGGAGAAAAAAGUUGAAUUUUUAUUUCCUCUUAAGUUCUCAGAGCUCAACUUUGUAAAAGAGAAAAAAAUCAGUUUGAUUGAACUUCUCAACCAUUUCUUUGAGGAAACCAAGAAUAUCAUUAUCUCAGACUAUUCUCAGUUAAGAAUUGUAUUUCUUUUAGAUGGACUUGAUGCAUAUCAACACUCUUUAGAUUUUGAUAACAGUGAAAUCUUGAAUGAUGUCAGAGAACCAACAUCAUUGGACGUCCUACUUGUAAACCUCAUCAAAGGAAAUCUGCUUCCAGAAGCCAAAGUGUGGAUAACCUCCAGGCCCUCUGCUGCUGACAAAAUACCAGAUGAUGUUGUUGACAGGAUAACAGAAAUACGAGGAGACAAUACUAAGGGAAGUGAUGACCUGAAGAAAGUUAUUCUUGAGGAGCUGAGUCGAUAUAAAAAUGACCAAAAACUCUCUGAAAUUGGGAUAUUUGAUGAUAAAGAGAAAUGGAGCCAAGUCAAAUACAGUAAAUUGUUUUCUGAAAAUAAAACUAGAACAGUGCUCAUGAAAGGAGUCCCAGGUAUUGGCAAAACAUUCCAGACAAGAAUGUUCAUGAUUGAUUGGGCUGAAAGAAAAUCCAACAAGGACAUAACGGCUUUAGUGUCUCUUCCUUUCACUGAACUAAUUGCAAAGAAGGAUGAAGAAAAAAGCAUGAAAUCUUUAUUCAAUUUCAUGUCUGGAAUAAACCCCAACUCCAGAAUUCCAAGUCGGAAAGUUGGCGUAACACAACCAAGGUAG